AUGAAACCAUUUUUCAUCGAGUUAAAGGUCAAGGACACGGAACGUAUUGAUUGGAGGAAAGCUCUGUCUUCUUAUUUGAAGAGAUCGUAUGGAUCUCAUCAAUGGUCCCAGUUCUAUGACGAAGAAACCACUAGAGAAUUAGAUCAUAUUAGGAACAAUGCCAAUGGAGAACUUUCUCCAGACGCUUUGUUAGAGCAAAAUUGCAAAUAUUACGCUUACAUAGAACAACUUGGAAUGCGUUUAGGGAAGAAUACAACUCAAUUAAGAUUGGAUUUCACAUGGUAUGAUGCUGCUUAUUCUUUAACCCCAAGAGAUCAGAAGUACACACAGCAUACUUUAGUCUUCGAAAAAUCAUCUGUUCUAUACAACAUUGGUAUAGUAUUGACUGAACUUGCUAGAGAUAAGAUUAAUGAGGAUUAUAAAGUUUCUAUAGGCUAUCUGGCCAGAGCCAUGAUGUGUUUCAGAUACAUAUCGGAAAACUUCUUGAAUUCACCAUCGUUAGAUAUUCAAGCUGAAAACGCCAACUUCAUAAUGAAUCUAUGUCAUGCCGAAGCUCAGGAACUUUUCUUAAUGAGAGUUAUCAAUAGUACAAACGCAGAAAAACAGGCAUCGUUGAUAAGUAAACUAGCAAUUGGAGCCUUUCAUCUGUAUGAAAAAUGCUUUGAAUUUUUGAAAACGCCAGAAGGUGGUAUUACUCCUUACGGCGAAGCCCGUUGGAGUACUAUUGUGGCUUGUAAGAUGCAUUUCUACAGAUCCUUUGCAUGCUAUUAUCACGCUACGUUUUUGGAAGAACAAAAUAAAAUUGGUGACGGCAUUGCAUUCCUCAAGAUAUCAUUGGCUUCAAUAAAUUCAGCAUUUCCAUAUAAAGUUUGGUUAAAGGAUCAUAUUGAUUUUGAAGGCUUCAAAACUACAGUCGAAACCAAACUUAAACAACUAACUAAAGAUAAUGAUUAUAUUUAUCACGAUUCUAUCCCACAAGUUGUUUCCGUUGAAUCAAUCAAAUCUAUGGAUGCUAUCAAAGCCCCAACUUGGUUAGAUCAGUUAUCACCUUAUAUUGCUUCUUCAUCUACGAAAUGUGACCUAAUAUUUAAAGGAAUCGUCCCUAUGGAUGUGUAUGAAAAGGAAAGUAUAUACUCAGAAGAGAAAGCCAAUUUAUUGAGAAGAGAAACUGAGGCAACAGAAACUUCCAAUCUGGAAUAUAUGUCCUUCAUUGAAUUUGCAAACUUACCUAAAUUACUGGCGGAUUUGGAAAGAAAAUAUAAAAACGGAGGAAUCGAUACACAAACAGAUCCCCAGUUGGCUUUUAUGAGGGACCAACUAAAAUCUUGGUCUCAUACUGUCCGUACUAGCAACUUCAAGGAUAUGGACAUUUUCCUGAAACAAAUCACUGAGAGGAGACAGAAAAUUUCAGCUGUCUUGAGCAGUUUACCAGAUUCUCAGAAAGAGAAUGUAGUGAAAUUGAAAAGUUCACUGGUUCAAGCGUCUAGAUCUGAUGAUAAAUUAUUUUCACUCAUGAAACCAUACAUUAAUGAAAUCAAACUUUUAGAGAAUGAAGAUUUAUUAUGGAAAAACUUCAAUAAGUUUGAUACUAGCAGUUCAAAUGCACCUAGUCUUUUAGAUAUCGAUGACACAAAAAGUGCUGAGAUUUUAUCUAAAAUUGAAAAAGUACGACUACUUGCAGACGACUUACGUGUGCUCAAAGAAGACCGUAAUAAUACCCUAGAAGAACUGAAGGAGAAGCUGAAUGAAGAUGACAUCACUAAUCUUCUAAUCCUCAACAAGGCAAGUUCUGAAACUGAUUUACGUGAUUUAUUUUCAAGUGAAUUAGAGAAGUUUUCUCCCUUGAGUUCAAGGAUCGAAGCAGCAAUAUUCAAGCAAAAUUCGCUAAUUAAUCAAAUAAAGAUUCAUUUAGAUAAUAUAUUUGCUCUGUCAGGGUUCAAAGAGAAGGCCUCGGAAGAUCUAAACAAGGAUGAUGAGAGAAACGAUUUUUUUGAGAAGAUUACCCAAGCUGUAACCAAUUUUUCCAUUUUUACUACAGAUGUUCAAAAAGGGUUACAAUUUUAUGAUUCUCUGUUAAAGAUGAGUGAUGAAUUAUUGAAGGCUAGCAGAAAUAACAACGUUAGUGGAACGUCUGCGCAAAGUGAAACAGCUCCCGCAUUACCAGAAUAUCCUCCUUCCGCGAAUAACAUUACGUCACGGCCAUUCUCGAGAGUAGCACCACCUGACCCUUUAGUGAAUGCAAUGCAAGACCUAUCUCUUUCUUCAAGGCAACCCGGUCCUGCUAUCCCACCACGUACAUAUAAUGAAAUUCCACCUGCAUAUUCUUUAGAAAUGCCUCCUCACUUUACCCCACCAAAUGUACAGCAAUUGCAAGCACCUAUCAUACCAUUUAAACAAUCCACCAAUGGAACUAGCGGUUCAUUUUCAACUACACAACAGCACGAAAAUGAAGAAAGAGAGAUUCAAAGAAACCCUACCGCCUUUUAUAACAAAUCAUCGGUAUUUGAUGAAAAUCUAUACUCUAAAUACAGCAGAUAA